AUGUAUCCGCCACGCAUCCAGAACGUUCAGAUCAAAGUUUUCAAUACCGAACCGGCGGAGAGAAGCCCUGCCGAAGAUGUGAAGUCCUUAGGCGACGACCCCAACGAGGUGAAGUAUAUUAUUGUCAGCUUCGCCAGUCACGGCCAUUGGGAUCACAUUUUCCCAGCCAAAGACUACCAUCCAAACGCCAAACUUUUCUGUGGGAAGGGCUGUUUCGAGUACUCUACUCCCUCCUGGCCUACAGAGCCAGACAGUACAUUCGAUGGCCGUAUUUGGGACCCCAAGAACUCUGACCUUCCCAUCGAGGAGUUUCCCUCGCCGUCCGAAGCUCCUGAAAAAUGGCGCCCGCUUGGUCCGUAUAAAAAUGCUCUCGACUUCUUUGGGGAUGGUAGUUUCUGGAUCGUCGAUGCUCCGGGACAUUGCCUUGGCAAUAUAGGAGCGCUAGCAAGAAUGAAGACCAAAGCCGGCGAGACGAAAUGGGCAUUCCUAGGGGGUGACUGCUUCCACUGCCACCAUUUUGUGCAUUAUCCAGAAGCUCCAUACGGGACCGGAGUGUCGGUGGUCAAAACAAACACCUUCCAUGAAGACGAAGAGGCGGCUAGAGAGAUCAUCCGCCAGACUGCCGAGCUCAAGAAAGGGGAGGGCCAAAAUGCUCUUAUUUGGAUAGCACACACAGACGUGCUCGAGGGUGUCUGGGAUUUCUGA